AUGGAACGACUACAGAAGAAGCAAGCUGCCCUGCGACAAGCAAUAGAGAAAAACAUCGCAGGGGCCAGCGACCUACUGCAAUCGCCAACCAUCAAAGUCGGUGAGCUUGAGGAACGCCUCGACCUUCUCCUUGAACAAGCAGAUGAAUUGAAAUCUGUUAACGAGAGCAUCGAAAAGAAGAUAGAUCUUCAAGAAUUAGAUGCAGAAUUAGAAGCUUGCGCUGCAUACACGGAGAAGAUCUGCUCCAUAAAAACAAAGAUCAAGAGAGCUCUCAGGAGUCAGACAGCCAACGAGAGCCGGUCAACAACUCCGUCAGUGACAGGCGACGCAUCAGAGCAGGAAGUAUACCACAUUGGUUCCGUCCCACCUGCGACAUCCCAGCCACUAUCAGCAACCACCAAAUUACCCAAGUUGGAAAUUGCAAAAUUCAGCGGGGACCUGCGCUCGUGGCAGAAAUUUUGGAACCAAUUUGAAUCGACUAUACACAAGAACAGCACCCUGCCUGCAAUAGCCAAGUUCCAGUACCUAACAAGUUACUUAACUGGAAAAGCCGCCGCUGCCAUAGAGGGGUUGCCGAUCAGCGAUAGAAAUUAUGACAUCGCAGUGAAGACCCUCAUUGAGAGAUUUGGGAAGGAGGACGUAAUAAUUGAGGACCACAUGUCGCGCUUGCUUGACGUCCGCCCAGUGCACGAUCUGCGGGACAUCGAAAGGCUGAGGACCCUCUACGACGAAAUCCGCUCCGGAGUCCGAAGUCUAGAGGCGCUGGGAGUGUCGUCGAGCACCUACGGCGCGCUGCUUCUCACCGUGGUGACCCGGACGUGA